AUGGCAGGUGUUCUGCCAGUGGUUUUUGUGGGCGGAAUUCCGGACGCUGCUGCAUCUGCCACAUCUGCCUCAUUGGCAAAGAGGUCGCCGAGUUGGACGACGGAAUUGCAGCUGUUGAGUCUGUUGAGCGAGGAUGAAGGUGGAAGGAGACAGGCAGACUUGACCCUCGCGGCUUGCGGGAAAGGUAGGGCGUGGCGCUGGGCCAUUCAGAUCUUCAAGGCUGUGCAUCACCGAGAAAACGCGCUGGAGUUGACGGUCAGUGGCUUCAAUUCCCUCAUCGCCGCCAAAAACUCGAAGUUUCACGGUGCCUGGAGGAGAUCUCAACACUUCUUCUCCGAAUUGUUUCAGAGACGGUUGGAGGCCACGACCGUCUCCGUGAAUGCCGUGCUUGGAGUCUGUGCCUCUAACAGUGCCUGGCAAAACGCCCUUGGAAUCUUGAAGACCUCGCUCCAGCACAACUUGCGCAGCAACGCCGUAGGCGUGAAGUCUGCGGUGGACGCCUGCCUCAAGGGUGGUGGAAAGACCUGGGGGAAGGCUCUUUGGAUGGCCAACGCAGGACCAGGCGCUGAUGACGCCACGGGAGCCCUGGCACUGGUGGCUUGCAAAGAAGGGUCGCAGUGGCAACUGGCAAUGACGCUUCUCGAACAAGGAGCUUCGCGUGUGAAUUUGAUGGCCUUGAGCGCGGCCAUCAGCAGUUGUCCAUGGCACAUGGCAGUCGGCCUUUUGCGGAAAAUGGAGGUGAUGUCUCUCCAGCCCAACUAUAUCAUUCUCUCGGCAGCAAUUGGCUCCUGUGCUUCUUCUGCCGCAUGGACAGCAGCGGUGGAGUUGUUGAAGGAGAUCUGCUCCUUGCGACUUCAGGGGGUCGGUGCCCUUGGUGCUGCUGUCAAUGCCUGUGAAAGGGCCAGUGCGUGGCCUGUAGCGCUACGUUUGGUGGAAGAAGGUGGAGAUGUGCAAGCCAUCAACAGUGCCAUCACAGCAUGUAAGCAGGGCCAGCAAUGGCAUGCGGCCCUGCUCUUAUUCAAGAAGGCCGAUGUGCCAGACGUGGUUACGCACACCGCCUUGGUGAGUUGCCUGGGAGUCCGGAGUGACCCGUGGAACGUGUGGAACGUGGUGUGCCAAAUGCUGAGGGCCUCGCCCGGCGUCCGUUGCAAUGUCAUCCUUCUGGGAGCUGUGUUAAAAGCCUGCGGAGGAGGUCGAUGGGAAGAGUCCCGCACCAUCUUGGGAAGGUGGAUAACACGAGGUUUAAAACCAGAUGUGGCAUGUUUCAAUGCUGGCAUCCCCACAGACCGAGCAGCUCGUGCAUCCUGGAACAAGGUCUUGGAGUUUCUGAGAUCCGCGCCAAGUGAUGAAUUCUCCUACAACGCUGCUGCCAGUGUCUUAGGGCUGGAGCGCCGUUGGGAGAAAGCUUUGGCUCUAUGCGCGAAGUUGGUUCUCAAGAGCUUGAACACAGGAGAGAUCAGUCGCAACGUGGCCUUAAACGCAUGCGCGAAGGUGGCUCAAUGGCAGCAGGCUUGGACCAUGCUGACGGCGAUCCUGUGCCAGCGUGACGACGCCUUCCACAAGUUCCUCGAAGUGCACAUCCCGUGCCAAUUUGAGAAUUUGUCACAUUGUGACAUUCUGCCUCUGCUCAAGCAAAACUGCCAUAUGGAGGCAUACUUCAUCUUCAGCAAGGUGCUGGAUGCCCAGCUCAGUGUCUUGCGCUACAAUUUGUUGGAGAGCCAUCGUGCGGCUUUACGCUUGGACACGCAGGACCUACCCUUAGUAGCUUCACGAAGAAACUCUGUACAUUCAGCAUCACCAGCAUCACCUUCCAGACGUGAAUCCCUGGUGGUGACAGAAUCCAUGCGCAGCACGAUGAACGCAACAGCCGCAGCAGCUUUGGCAGUGGCGAACAUCCAGAAUGACAAGGUCAUUGUGCCUGAUGAUCCGACAGCGCCCAAGGCACCAACGGCUCCGCAGUUUUAUGGCGACAUGCCGGAAGAUGAACCGGAGGAGCCACCCGAUGAGUCGGGCACCGAUUGGCCUCCAAAGAGGUCCAUAAGGUCUCCUUUCUUCAACAGAACCGAAUCGGUUGGACCGUCGAUUCUAAUGGACCAGGCGCGAAGGAGUAUCAGCAUGGGCAGCAGCCAAAGUUUCCGGAAGAAGGUGAGCUUCUGGGAGAAUAUCGAAGUCUUGGAGUACGAAGGGCUGGAUCAGAGCACCCAGGAGCUCAUGCGCGCCUUGUGGAAAUGGCCCACCGAGGACGAUAUCGAUCAGCAGGAGGAGGACAACAUUCUGCCCGAGUUGACUUAUUCAGGUGUUGAGAACAGUCGGGUGUCUACUCUCGAUGCGCGUCUGAUGCCAUUUGUCACUGCACCAAUGUCGCGCAAGCGGCUGGUUUGGGACACUUUGGCGUUGCUCGUCAUUUCCAUGGAGGUGAUCUUGUUCCCACUGAGCGCUUUCGAGCAGAUCGAAGCCAGGAUGACCAGUGAGGAAUUCUUCAUCGUGAUGGAUUGGAUUUCUGCCGUGUAUUGGUUGACCGAUAUGCCCUUGCAGUUCUUUGUCGGUUUCAACACUCAUGAGGGGAAGGUUGAACGACGAUUCUCUCGGACAGCCAUGCGAUACGUGAAGAGUUGGUUCCUGUUGGAUGUUCUCAUAGUCACUUUGGAUUGGGUAUCCCUGGUGGGUUUCUAUGAUGGAGAAUUCUUGGAAGCUCUCAGAAUCGGCAAGUCGGUGCGCGGCAUCCGCAUCAUCCGCGGCGUGCGAAUCCUUCGCUUGGCCAAGUUGGUGCUCCGCCGUUGUUUGUCGCGGCGGAAGCCGGUCGUUUUUGGUGAAAAAAGUGCAAUGUGGGGUUUCAGUAUCUUCAAUGUCAAAGAUGUUGAUGGGAAUCCGCCAGAAAGGGCAACCAGAACUGACUUGCUCUCACAGUUGCAGCGUGCAUUUCAUGAACAAGAUGAUGCAGAAGCCGGUGUGCAGCUUGAACGCCUGUGGCAUGUAGCCAAGCGCAUUUGCUCCGAAGAAGGCAUGUCUUCUGCUGAUGCUUGGCGGAAAACCAUUGAGGAUGUUAGAAAAUGGCGCGAUGCCGUGCAUUUGUUUGAACUGCCAGUUGUUGCACAGCUGGUUGUGUUGAGUUGGCACCGGAGCAUGGAUGCAUCUGGCGACCCGAUGGAGCGAUUGUCGAACUUCAUAGAUUGGACCCCGUCAUUGCGGUCCGACGGUUUGCCAGAUGCCCCUCCAGCGCCUUUGGAUGAGCCCAAUGACUUGACCUGGCGUUGUGUUAAGUGUGAUUCUGCUAACUAUGUUGGAACCUUUGACGCAUGGAUGUGCAAUCGGUGUGGUUCACAGGAGUUCUAUGAUACCACGGUUCCUAGGAAGUCUGUCACAGCGUCAGGGACAUGGAUGUAUUUGCCCCACAAUCGCCAUGAUGAGCAACCUGAAGGUUCUGCAUCUUCAGCUACCCCGAAGUCUUCACCUGCCUCAAGACGACGCAGGCGACGACUGCGUGCGGCGGCUGGCAUGCCAUCUGGCGGUGACCAUGGCGGCGAUGGAAGUGAGAAUCCAGAGUCCGAGACCAUGACAUUUGACCCAAGUGUGGACCCCAACAACUAUGGUGAUGCCCCACAGUUGAGAACACCAGCACCGAAACACUCUCCCGCAUUUCGGGCUUCUAGCGAUCGAUCUGUUCAGGCCUUGCGUGAUGCCUCACCAGAGGUUCUUGCAGCUUCAGGCAUUCCUGUCAAGAGCGACAAGCGUCCUGGCAGUGCAGAUUGGAAUUCACGAAUGGGCCCUGUCAAGAUAUGGGAGAUUCAGAUGAUGCCCUAUGCCCCAAAGAAGGAUCAAGCCCUUAUGCUGUAUAACAGUUUGUCUGGUGAUGCGGAACAGGAAUUGGAACAUGUGGCAAUUUCUGAAAUUCACCAUGAGGAUGGGAUCAACGUGAUUCUGCAAAAGUUACAGGUACCAUUUCAGCAGCGUGCCAUCUUUCAGAAGAGGAAAUUUUUGCAUGAGUAUGAGACCCUCCGCCGUUUCAAUGGUGAGCUGAUUCGCACAUACAUCCAGCGGUUCAGACGUUCAAUCAGAAAUCUCCGUGCAGUGGGAGUGGAUGUCACUGCAACUUAUGAUUCUGAAGCACUUGGAUCAAGACUGUUGGACAGAAGCGGACUGACGGUUGAGGCACAACGUUUGGUUUUGGUUGGAACAUCACAGCGGCUUGACCUUGAAGCCAUUGCUGAGGCCCUGACUUUGCAGUUUCCGGACUUCAGAGGCGCUCCACCUGUUGCCUCCCGAGAUGGAAAAGGUGAAGUGGACUUGGAGCAACUCAGCCAAGUUCUCACGGUGACUGCCCGUCGUCUAGCAGGUGCUUCCAAGAAGACGGAAUUCCGUCCACCAGCCAAGAACACUGGCUAUCGUGCCCAGCCUGACCAAAAGCAAAAGACUCAGCAAGCGUUUCCGGUUGUCCAUCAUGAACAUGGUCACCUCGAGAUUCAAGAUCAUGCUGAAGAAGAUUUUGGCAAUGCCUUCAUUUGCAACAUGGUCAAUAUUCCCAAUAUCCCUAGUUUUCAUGUUCAUGAAGUACAAGCUUUCAACCCCACCGAGUUUGUUGGCAAGAUGAUCCUCGACUCAGCAUGCCAGAGAACAUGCUGUGGUUUGACUUGGUUUGAGGCCCAUGCAGAGCAGCUGCAACAAUUGCGCCUUCGACACAAAGAGGUGCGCACCACAGAUGUUUUUCAGUUUGGUUUGGGAAGUCCCACUUCAGCUAUUCAUCGAGCUUAUUUGCCUGCUGGAAUUGGUGGUCAAACAAUGUUGUUAGCUACUGCUGUUUUGGAUGCCAACAUUCCACUCUUGGGUUCCAAUAAACUUCUUGAACGUUUACAUGCAGUCAUUGACAUGGGCAAGAAUGUGGUUUAUUUUGAAACUUUGGAUGUUGAAGUUCCUUUGAUGAAGAUCGGUGGACAUUUUGCCAUCGACAUUUUGGAUUUUCCGUGCAGUGAGCCUCACAUGCUUUCAUGUUGGAAGAGUUUUUCACAUCCCACGUUUUGGAAGACACCAGACCCAGAGUUGAUCUUCACUUCAAUCACUACCUCAGCUACAACAACUCAAGCAGCUGAGCCAGUGUCUACAACCAGCGUUUUUGACUCCCAUGCGUGCACCACCUCGAUGGGCAAACAACUGGAGGAGACUCAUGGUCCCAGUGCUGACGUUCUUGCGUCAGGCAGUGGGCCUGGGUUUCAGGCCACCAUGGAUGACCGAGCCCGAAGAGUUGGACAUGCGAGAUUGCAAGCACAAAAAGACCAAGAGGUACGGCAACAUACACGGCCGAUUUGCAAAGUGCCUUCAGUGCAGCGCUCGGUUCAAAUGGAACCAGUCAACCGAAACCUGGGACUUCAUGGGUUCGUCGCCAUCCUCACCAUUGCCCUUGCCAUGCUCAGAGAACAUACGAGCGGGGGCCCUGUCGAGCCAAGCAGCAGCUUCCUCGACCAAUUCGUCAAGGAUGGGAGCCUCCGCCAAAGCUCGACCCAAAGCACGAGCCUCUACUACGACUUCCUUGACCUUUACCAGGGAGCAACGGGAAGAGCUCAUGACUCAAAUCUUGGCAAGAGUUCGACAGGAGAUGGCCGGCCAAAACACUCCUCAGGAGGACAUGCAGAUGAUGGAGGCCGACAUGAUCCAGAACUUCGACGACUACUAUCUCCAACAGCACGAACAAGAUUUGGAGGGACUUCUCCAAACCGAGAUGACCGCCCACCAGAUACUCAACAACGAGUUGGACGGAGCGGAGUGGAUCGAGGACAGCGACCACGAGGACCUCCAUGUGGUUCCCUGAAGAAGUUGCGUGGCAACUUGAAGCGUGCCCUUCAGGUCUAUGAGGCAGAGCUCAACAUCUACAACAAUGUGAAACCAGUGGCAAGUCGACCGCCACCAUACAUUGACCUAUUUGAGCUCUUCAGCGGAAGCUCCAAGUUUACCACCAACUCGGUCAAGCACCAGCUCAAUGCCUUAGCUCCCAUGGACAUUGCUCAUGGACCACACCAGGACUUUAAAGACGAAUCUGUCAGAAAAGAUGUUUUCAAGAUGAUUCGCAAGUUCAAACCAUGGCUGAUAGUUCUUGGAGUGGACUGUCGACUUUGGAACAUCUUCUCUGAGAACCUCAACUUUUCCCAGGACCGCCAACGACUUCAACAACUUCGUGAGCUGGAGUUGCCAUUGGUGUUGUUUGCUGUGGAAGUUGCCCUGAUUCAGAUCCAGAAUGGCAGGUUUUUCCUACUUGAGAAUCCUGAACGAUCACGAGCUUGGGGUGCGGAGAUUGAUGGUCAGAUGAUCAUCAAACCAAUGCGCUUCGUUGGCAACGUCCCUGGACUUGAAGACGUGAUCCACAAGCGUCUAUCAGCACAUGAGAAGCAAUGGUGUCAGCCCAUUCAAGGUGCUAUGACCAAGAAAAGCCAAGAGUACCCAGAUGCCUUGGUUAAUGCUAUUUUGAGGCAUUUGAGGCAAGUGAUCCAACGUCUAGAACCAUUUCGUUUCAACAUCAACGAGGUUUUUGCCGUGGCAGAGCCUGUGAAAGACAUGGAUGCUUGGAAGGGAAUUUUCAAUGACAUUGAAGAGCACUUCAACCGAAGCAGCAGCCGACCCUACACAGUCGAAACAACUUCGACCAGUGGACAAGAGAUGUCAAGGCUCAUUCGGAUGAAUGCGUCUCGCAUCCAAGUGGCCCACACUCCAACGACAAGGAGGUUACCAACUACAGUGCUGCUCGAGAUGACUCAUCGAGCAUGCAUCUUGAAGUACGUUGAUGGCACCAUCAGAGUUGAACUUGACCAUUUACCAGACCUUCAGUUUCCCAAGCAACGUUUUGAGAAACCAGUGCAGUUUGGCAUUUUCAUGUAUGGAACUAUGCAAGAAGUUCAACAACCAACCAUGUCAACUGACCCAGUCAUUCCCAUUCGAGACCUUCCAACCGACAUCACCUUUCCAGGACUACCACAACAACAACAAAUACCACUUGAAAUCCGGAAGUUGGUAGCACGACUUCACCUGAACCUGGGACAUCCUUCACCACAAGAGCUUUCACGCAUGAUAGCUUAUCAUGGAGGAGCACCACCAUCAGUCAACAUGUGCAUCCAACACUUGAAGUGUGCAACAUGCGACAGAUUGAAGCCACCACAACAUCCACGACCAGCAGCCUUAGCCAAGAUGACCGUUGGACAGUUUGGAGAUGAACUACAAGGCGACUUCGUCUUCUUACGAACCAUCAAUGGUGAAAGCGUGCCUGUCCUUGGACUACUUGACCGAGCCAGCGGACUUCACCAAGCAGUCGCUUGCCCUACCAAGGACUCCAACGACGUGUUCAACAAAAUGGUCACUCUCUGGUUGAAGCCUUUUGGACUUCCAUAUCGGGUCUUGCUGGAUCCGGACCCCAGUUUCCGUGGAGAAUUCCAACGGCAAUUGGAGUCACUUGGCGUUGUGGUGGACUACUGCCCUGCUGAGAGCCAUUGGCAGAUUGGUGCUGUGGAACGACGUAACAGCAUCCUUCGCAUCAUCAUGGAGAAGUUGAUCGACCAGUGGGCCGCUCAAAGUGUUGAGGAUGUGGAGUUUUUGCUGACACCAGCACUUCAUGCCUUGAAUAGCUCAACGUUUACCAGGGGCAGGUCAGCCUUUCAAGCUGUGUUUGGACGUGUUCCCCGUCUACCAGGCGGAGUCAUCACUGACGAGACCAGCAUUACUUCAAGUGCAACCACCCUCAACGAGCCCAACAACCUCAUGGCCAAGAUUGAGCUUGUGAGGUCAGAAGCACAACGAGCCUUGAUUGACCUGAACGUCUCUCAACAACUUCGACGUGCCUUGCUGAGGAAGACCAACAUCACACGAUACCCAGAACUACAACCAGGGCAACCAUGCGCGUUUUGGCGCUGGCAGAGGAAAGGACCCAAGAAGAGGGGCUCCUGGAUCAUCUCAAGGUUUCUAUCUUGGGACCCAAGUGCGCCACAACGACUUGCAUGGGUGCGCACUGGAAAUUCCAGUACGCUGGUCAGUGCUGAACAGCUGCGUUCGGCAACAGGGUUCGAGACUUGGAACCCUUCAGAACAAGAUGUUCGAGCCUUGAAAGAUGCUCAGGCCUCUUUCCAUGACCACAUGAUCAAGGACCUUGAAGAUGAUGUUGGACCACCACCACCAGAACACACCAAUGAGGCAGAAGCAGAACAAGCACAAGCGACAGUUUCACCAGAACAACCUUUGGCAGAUCAACAAUUUGAUUCUACCAGCAUGCAGCCAAUGGCAGAACAACUGUCAUCAAACCAUCAGGAACAACCUGAUGAUGAAACAACGCAGGAACAACCUGCGGAGAGUAUCACCUCUACGGCACACAACAUGGAUCCACCACAGCAGCACAGCCAACCCAGUGAUCCAACAGCACAAGAAGCACAACAACAACCACAGGCCAGCCAGUCUCUUCCACAACUACCAAUGAAGAGACAGUUUGAAGCAAACGACACCAAACCAUCGAAAAAACCACCAGAAGCCUACUACACCGACUUCAUUUUCGAUGGCACUACGCUUCAACUGGCAGCCACGGGCCUUGAUGGAUCACCACCAAUGGGUUUUGGCCCUAACCAAAAGUCACAUUUUGUGGCUUACACCAAGCACCAUCAACGCCAAUUGGAUGUGCAAGACAUUGGCAAGGAUGGAGAUGAGUCAGACACAACCCAAGAGGCAAAGCAACUUGACCGAGAAAUACCAUGGAGAGAAAUUCUCAAGUUACCUGAAGCCAAGGUCCAGAAGUACUUGGCAGCGGUGGAAAAAGAAGCCAAUUCUUGGCUUGAGUGGAAGAGCAUCCGACCAUUGUCGGAUGAUGAAGCAUCAAAAGUUUUGGCACACCCUGUGCUUUCCAAACGAGUGCUCUCCGCAAGAGGAGCAUACCGCGACAAGAAUCGCGGUCAGGGUGAGCUAAAGGCAAAAUGCCGAAUAGUCGCUCUAGGUCACCGAGAUCCAGACCUGUUUCGGUUAGAUCGAUCAAGUCCCACUCCAUCUCGAUCAACCGAACACUUCAUGUUUGCCGCCAUGGUCGCUGGAUUCAAUGGCGAGUUCGCUGCAAGCGACCACCUUUGGAGAUCAUGGCUUGGCGAUGCAAGCACGGCCUUUUUACAAGGCACGCAAGAAGAUGCCAAGAGGCCUAUGGCACUUUUCAUGUUUGCUCCCCGAGAUGGUCUGAUCGACCGAACCAACUGUUGGAAAGCCCGUCUUUACGAAGUGUUGGGAAACAUUUAUGGCCUGCCCAAUGCUCCGUUUCUUUGGACGACCCAUGUCAUCAAAAUCAUGAUUGACUUGAAUUACGUGCAGCACUCCUGGGAUAAAAUGCUUUUUGUCAAGUACGAUGAAGCAGGUCACCCACUAUCACUGGUUAUGGUCUACGUGGAUGAUUUCAUAGGCUUGUAUCGUAGCGACUACAACAUUGAGGAGUUGCACAGCCGUUUUUCAUGGGGAGACCUCUCUGAAUUUCGGAUGAACGAGGUCAAGACCUUUAAGGGCAAGCAGUUGUGUUUUUGCAAAAACCCGGCAGGCAGAACUGUCUUGAAAGUCACCAUGGGGAGCUUUCUUGAAACUGUUGAUCCUGUCUCCAUUCCCAGAGGCAGACUGAAGCAGUCAAAGCUUCUCACUGAAACCGAGAAGAAAGAGUACAGAUCCAUUUCAGGAUGUUUGCAGUGGCUUGGCUCUCAAGCUCGACCAGAACUUUGUGCAGCAGUUAGUUUGAGCAACCAUGGACUUCAAACCACAAUUACUGACCUCAAGGUUCUUCAAGAGUCUUUGGAUUUUGCAAAGGCCACUCCAGACCAUGGCAUAACCUUCCAGGACAUACCGAUCAACAAGCAGACGUUGAUUGCAACGUAUACCGACGCAUCCUGGAGCAAUGGACCACACUCAACUUCACAACUUGGAGUUUUGAUUGUUGUGACCAACCCUGAAGCAGUCAACUCUCCGCAAAGAGCUUCAGUGUUGGAUUGGCGCUCCUGCCGCUCACCACGGGUGUGCAGGUCCACACUUGCUGCAGAAGCAGCAGCAGCAGAUGAGGGAUCCGACCGUGCAGCAUACUUGAACAUGCUGAUCAGUGAAGUGCUGUACAACUGUCCAGCGCAUCGCGUGGGUUGCAGACUUUCCUACGUGCAAAUCACUGAUGCCAAGAGCUUGUAUGACUGCAUUUUAGCUCCAAACCCCUCCUUGUCAGACAAGAGAAGCCUGACAAACAUACGUGCUAUUCAAGAAACGGUGUCUCCUGAACAAGCACGUUGGGUACCAACUGGUCUGAUGUUUGCAGAUGGGAUGACGAAGAUAUCUGCCACUCUCCGAGAUCUAGCGCUGCUGUGCCUGAAAUUGGUGUGUAUUGUGAUGAUUGCGUUCGCGUUGAAUCAUUUCAUCGGCUGCAUGUGGUAUCUCAUCGGGACGGCAACUGCAGCAGAUGGCAUGGAGAGUUGGACAACCAUCAGUGGUGUGGCUGAGAGAAAUCCUGGCUAUCAAUACGUCACCGCGCUGCACUGGAGUCUUUCGAAUUUCGCCAUUGCCACCACGCGGAUCCACGCGGUGAACGAGUGGGAACAUUGGUUUGGCGUGCUGGUCCUGUUGGUCGGUUUCGUUUGCUUCGCCAGUGGUCUUGCGGCCAUCGCCCGAAUUGUCUCCAGAUACUACUCGCAAGAGAUUUCCACAAUUCAUGCAGAGAAGGCCUUGCGGAAGUUCUUGGGGGAUCGCUCCAUCUCCCCCAAAAUGUCCCAACGCGUCUGGUCCUUCUUGCGCGGCCAAAAACGCAAUCGUCAACGGCUCUGCGAGCACGACGUGGAGUUGCUCAAGGACCUGCCGAAGGUCUUACGUGUGGAACUGCGCAAGGACAUGUAUGUGCCUUUGCUCCUCCAUCAUCCUCUUUUCCAAGGGAUGGAACUGGCGGAUCCGCAUGUCAUCGCCAAGAUUUGCGACCGAGGUUUGGAUUUUCGCUCCGUCCCACCCUGGGAAGACGUCUUUGCGCGUGCAGAGAAAGCGAGCUACAUGUAUUACGUUAUCAGCGGCUCGCUUCUGUACCACAUCGUGCGGCCCCAUCGCCGUUCCAACGCCGGCGUCGUCGAGGUCUUCAAGGGCGUGAAGUCUAUUGUGGUGAAAUACCUAUAA